CACAGUUAACCAUGAAGGACUUUAGGACAGGACUGCUGCUUUUAACUGUCUUCUGCUCAGGUGUUGAUGGUCAGACUCUGACACAAUCCGAAGCAGUGAUUAAAAGGCCUGAUGAAUCACACAAGUUGACUUGUACAACAUCUGGAUUCACAUUCAGCAGCUACGGGAUGAACUGGAUCAGACAGGCUCCUGGAAAAGGACUGGAGUGGAUCGCUGUCAUUUACACAACUACCAUCUAUUACUCUCCAUCAGUUGAGGGUAGAUUCACCAUCUCCAGAGAUGAUUCCAGCAGUAAACUGUAUCUACAGAUGAACAGUCUGAAGACUGAGGACACGGCUGUGUAUUACUGUGCUAGAGACACAGAGAUGCAUCACUGUGAUUACUUUGACUACUGGGGACAAGGGACUGAAGUCACAGUAUCGUCAGAAACGACUGCAUCUCCAACUCUGUUCCCUUUGGUGAAGUGUGAACCUGACGGUGAUAAUAUAACCCUCGGGUGUCUUGCACACAACUUCUUCCCAAAAAGUCUUACUUUCCAGUGGACCGAUGCCUGUGGGGACGCUCUGACUGCUGAUCGCUAUCCUUCAACUCUGAACAACAACAAAUAUACAGGAGUCAGUUUGCUUAAAGUACCAAAGUCUGACUGGGAUUCAAGGCACUCUUUUCAAUGUUCUGUGACGCACGAAGGAGGCCCAAGAAGUUUGACACUGGGAAAAAAGGCCUCUUGUUCUAUGAUUAGAAAUAUCACAAUGACACUGAAACCAACAAAUCCCAAAGACAUUUUCAACCAAAACCUGGCAAAGUUUGAGUGCAGGAUUGAAGGACUGGACCAGAACGCCAUGAAUGAAACGAAAUUCACUUGGCAAAUUAAUGGAAAUGAGACUGAGAACUUCAUUGAAACAACAGACUCCACAGGCAUCAAAAUCAGCACUUUGACUCAAAACCAAGCGGAAUGGAAGAAAAUGAACAAAGUGACCUGUUCUGCUAAGAACCAAAAAACACAAAUUUCUAAAGAUCUGAUCUACCAACGAGAUGAUUCCCCAAAAGUAACAAUCCACCUCCUCCCAAUGGAAGACGUGAUGAAUGCUACUGAGGUCACUAUGUUGUGUCUGGUCUCUAGCAAGAAACAGCAGGAUUUCUACAUCACCUGGUUAGAAGAAAGUAGAUCUGAUGUCAGCGUCUAUAACGAUGGCAUCGACUUCCCCCCUAUGAAGACCAAACACGGCUUCUCAGCUACGAGUCUUUACACCACCUCCUUGGAUAAGUGGAACAACCACGUCCAGUUCACCUGCAACGUGUGGACACCUGGUGGUGAAAAGAUCAGAGUGGUGUCUCAGUCCGUGAUUAGAUCAAAUGAAUCUUUAAAACUGCGUGUCGCUAUGAGCUGCACAGAUGAUGCCAUUGAUGAAGAUGAGUACAGCAGCCUGUGGUCCACCACCUCCUCCUUCAUAUUCCUCUUCAUAUCCUCUCUCAUUUACAGCAUGGUGUUCAGCCUGGUCAAGAUGAAGAGGCCAUGAGAUGAGAUUGAUGCAUAGCAUGGACUGCACUUCUACAUUUAUAAGUAGUAUUUCUGGUUUUAAAAACAUGUAAAUGAGUGCUAGAUUAAAUGAUGGUCAAAUAAAAGAUACAAUUGUAAUUGUUAGUCAUUUAGAUGAAUAGAUUCCCCUGCAUUGGCUUCUGUUCUUGCAUUAGGAAUAAACAUGUUGUACAAUAAUUUUCUUGU